GAAAUCAAAUUUGCGAAAGUAUGACCUCUAGUUUAAAGAUCCUUCUUGAUAAAGAAAAGGUUGACGCUUUUAGGGUGUUAGUGCUAUAUAUGAGCGAUUUCACGAAAGAAAACGUGAUUAUGGUUAUCAACGAAAGAGAAAUUAAGUUGCUUUAUGAAGAAGCAAACAAAGGGAAAGUCUUUGGAACAUUGAAAGAUAUUAAAGAGAUUAGUUCUAUAAACAUAAUCAACGAUAGAAAUCAUUUUAUAUUAAAAUUUCAAAUCCUUCGUUUAUUACAAGCGUUAGAAGCUAUGGACAAUAAAUCCAAUGUUAAAAUGGAACUUAAAAUAAUAGGGGAAACUACAAUCCUUUUAUUCGAGACGAAUUGUGAUGAAAAAUCGGCGUCAAAAUUUAAAGUAGAGAUUGUGGGCGAUAAUCGUUAUAGACAAAAUCCUCCACCAAUCAGUCGGAGAGCGAUAAAAUUUAAUGAUAGUGAUUUAUACAAACUUCUAAAAAUGGCUAGAUUAUUUUCAAAAAUCAAAGAUAACCUGCUUGUAUCAGUUCAACAUAAUACAAAUCACCAUAUUUUCAAAAUCAAAUAUUCUCUUGAUACAGGAAGUAAAAUGUGCCAUCAAGUUAAAUACAGAAGGAAAGAUCAAAACGACGUACGAUCAUCGGAUGUUACAGCAGUCAAAUCACGACUGUUUGCUACGUUCUUUAAACUUGCGAAUCUAGGGAACGUAUCAUGCUUUGUUAAACAACAUGAAUACAUUCUAUUAGAAGCUGAGAAUUUGAAUGAUGAAAAUAUAGGAAUAAAGGUUUAUUUGAAAGGGUUAUCAGAAGUGUAUUGAUGUAAGCAUUAGCAUAGGAUAGAAUAAUUAGCAAUUAAAUGUACUAAUACGCGACCCUCGGAACAUUUCUAAGUUUCUAACCACUGUUGGGAAUAUUUCCUUCAAGUUUUAAAUAUAUAUUUUAGUUUUAUAAUUUAAUUGUAAAAAUUUGUAAAUAAAAAUAAUGCGCGUGAUAUAGGCAAACAAUUGUACUUCUCUGACU